GACGAAACGGCUGUUAAGGUUACCCCAAUGCUUCCCAUCGACUAACGAUUCAUCGUCCAACAAUUGCAAUUUUCCGACGCCGCCGCUCACAACUUUCCUCGACACCGGGUAGCGACGUAGUAUCCGUCCGCCCACUUAUUAACGUCCUCACAUUCUGCCCUCGCCGUCCGUCACGGUGCAAUCUCAACGGCUUCUUUUAAACUUUACCGCGCGUAAUCGAUAUUUGUUGGAAGAUCAUCAUUAUCGUUAAUUAAUACUGUUCAUCAUAUCUGUCCAUUCCUUCAUCGGUCGUCCAACAGAUGCGUUGAACAAACUGUCGUCACGUAACACACCGUCGAAAUCUAAUCCCGAUUAUGGCGUACUGCAGAACGUUCAAAUCACAGGUGUCCUGGACGAAACUGGUGUCUGGUGAAAUCCAACAGAGAUGUUUCCACUCAUCACCGGCCGUCUUUGGCGCGUCCAAAGUUGCUAUGAGCAAACUCGACACCAAGCCCUUGCCCUACGAUAUUUUGGAGAAACGCAUCAAGAUAGUCGCUGACAGAUUGGGAAAGCCAUUGUCUUUGGCUGAAAAAGUUCUUUAUUCUCACUUGGAUGAUCCAGUAAAUCAGGAUAUUGAACGUGGUGUCUCUUAUUUAAAAUUAAGACCUGACCGUGUAGCUAUGCAAGAUGCAACUGCACAAAUGGCCAUGUUGCAAUUUAUUUCCUCUGGUUUACCUAAAGUUGCUGUACCAUCUACCAUCCAUUGUGAUCAUUUAAUUGAAGCUCAAGUUGGUGGAGUAGAAGAUUUAAAACGUGCAAAAGAUUUAAAUAAAGAAGUAUACGACUUUUUAAAAACUGCCGGUGCUAAAUAUGGAGUUGGAUUUUGGCAUCCUGGUUCAGGAAUCAUUCAUCAAAUUAUUCUUGAAAAUUAUGCUUUCCCUGGAUUGUUAAUGAUUGGUACUGACUCCCAUACACCUAAUGGUGGUGGUCUUGGUGGCUUAUGUAUUGGAGUUGGUGGUGCAGAUGCUGUUGACGUUAUGGCUGACAUUCCAUGGGAGCUCAAAUGCCCAAAAGUGAUUGGUAUUCAUUUAUCUGGCAAAAUGACUGGCUGGACUACACCAAAAGAUAUUAUCUUAAAAGUUGCUGAUAUUUUAACUGUCAAAGGUGGCACUGGUGCUAUCAUUGAAUAUCAUGGACCUGGAGUUGAUAAUAUAUCGUGCACAGGUAUGGGUACUAUCUGUAAUAUGGGAGCUGAAAUUGGUGCUACUACAUCAUUGUUCCCUUUUAAUCAUCGUAUGGCUGAUUAUUUGAAAGCUACUCUACGUGGUGAUAUUGCUGAAGAAGCUGCUAAAUACAGCAAAGUAUUAUUGACCCCCGACCAAGGCAGUCAUUAUGAUCAAUUAAUUGAAAUUGAUUUGACAACAUUAGAACCUCACGUUAAUGGUCCCUUCACACCUGAUCUCGCUCACCCUAUAUCUAAACUUGGUAAUAAUGCCAAAAAAAAUGAUUGGCCCAAUGAAAUUAAAGUUGGACUUAUUGGAAGCUGUACUAAUUCAAGUUAUGAAGAUAUGUCAAGAUGUGCCACUAUUGCCAAAGAAGCCUUAGCUCAUGGACGUAAAUCGAAAAUCCCAUUUAAUGUUACACCUGGAUCAGAACAGAUCAGAGCUACUAUUGAAAGAGAUGGAAUUGCACAAACUUUAAGAGAUUUUGGAGGUACAGUUUUAGCUAAUGCAUGUGGUCCAUGUAUUGGUCAAUGGGACCGUAAAGAUGUAAAAAAAGGAGAAAAAAAUACCAUUGUUAGCUCAUAUAAUCGAAAUUUCACUGGUCGAAAUGAUGCUAAUGCAGCAACGCAUGCUUUCGUCACCUCUCCUGAGCUAGUUACGGCCUUAGCUAUUGAAGCACGUCUAGACUUCAAUCCUGUAACUGAUUCAAUUAAAGGAGCUGAUGGCAAAGAAUUUAAACUGAGUAAUCCAUUUGGUGAUGAAUUGCCUUCAAGAGGUUUUGACCCUGGUCAAGAUACUUACCAAGCUCCACCUUCCGAUGGAUCGACCAUUAGUGUGGAUGUUGAUCCCAAAUCAAAACGUUUACAACUAUUGGAGCCAUUUAAGCCUUGGGACCAUAAAGAUUUGGAAGAUCUUACUAUUCUUCUUAAAGUUAAAGGAAAAUGUACAACCGAUCACAUUUCUGCUGCUGGCCCGUGGUUGAAAUACCGAGGUCACUUGGACAAUAUUUCUAACAACAUGUUUUUAACAGCAAUCAAUGCAGAUAAUAAUGAAAUGAAUAAGGUGAAAAAUCAAAUAACUGGAGAAUGGGGUGCAGUGCCAGAUACAGCUAGGGCGUACAAAGCAAAAGGGGUGUCGUGGGUUGUGUUUGGUGAUGAAAACUAUGGUGAAGGUAGUAGUCGGGAACAUGCUGCUUUAGAACCACGCCAUUUAGGAGGACGUGCCAUUAUUGUGAAAUCUUUUGCACGUAUCCACGAGACAAAUCUCAAAAAACAAGGAGUUCUUGCUCUAACAUUUGCUAAUCCUAAGGAUUAUGAUAAAGUUCAACCAACUGAUAAAGUAUCUUUAGUUGGACUUAACGAAUUUGCUCCGGGCAAGCCUUUGAAAUGCAUCUUAUGUCAUUCUGAUGGAAGCAAAGAUGAAAUCAUGUUGAACCAUACAUUCAAUGAACAACAAAUUGAAUGGUUCAAAGCCGGUAGUGCAUUAAAUCGUAUGAAACAAUUAGCAGCUGCUUCUAAAUAGAACUGCAACCAUCCUUAGAACGAUAAUUAUUUUUAUUUAAACUGUAUUAUCUAUUAAUUUAUUGUUAAUAUAUUAUAAUAAUUGUGUAAAAAAAAAAAAAAAGAAAACAAUGUAUUUUAGUCAAAUUAUUUAGGUGGAAAAUUAUUGGGUUUAGACCCAUUGUGACUAUUGUUUUUUAUAUAUUAUAAUUGUAUUUUAAAAUUGUUAAUAGAUUCAUAGUCAUUUA